CCUUGUGCCCAGGCAGUGCGGAGCCUCUGGGCCGCUCAUAUGAGCAGCUGCUCAUUUAUUAGCCAGUCGAAGAGCGGCUGCAUUAGCUGCUGGAAGAGGAGAGGGAGGUAGGUUGAAAGGCAGCGACAAAAACACACUAAUGUUCCCGGAAACACGGAGCUGGGCAAGGAAGAGCAAUGUGUCUUUGUGAAAUCUGUUUCUGUAAACAGCCUGCUUCGUUAGGCUCACCUCCCUAGAUUAAUGUGAAUUAUUAGCUAAUGUAGAUCCACCUUUUGUUUUAAAGGACUACAGGUUUCGUUUUGCAAGCCGCAGGCUGUGAAAGCUGGAGGUUUUCGGUUUUGGUGGUAGGACUGUUUGGGGCUCGGUCAGGUUGUACAGUUUGAGAUUAUUGACAUUCUAGUUAGUGUUUAUUUAAUACCAUGGCAGGUGAAGAGCCUGCCUUGCCUCUCUGUACCCGCUUGUCGUACGCGGUGGGGCACUUUCUCAAUGACCUGUGCGCGUCCAUGUGGUUCACUUAUCUCUUGGUCUAUUACCACACGGUCCUGGGCAUUAACAACUACAACGCGGGUAUCCUGCUGCUGGUUGGGCAGAUCGCAGAUGGAAUCUGCACCCCGCUCAUCGGCUACGAGUCUGACCGCACUGCCGGCUGCGGCAAAUACGGCAAGAGGAAAACGUGGCACCUUAUUGGAAGCAUCAGCGUCCUUCUAUCCUUCCCCUUUAUUUUUAACCCUCCAGUGGGCAGCAGUGAAAACAUUCCACAAUGGGCUGAGCUCAUUUACUUUGUUCCGUUUAUUGUUGUACUCCAGUUUGGGUGGGCUGCGACACAGAUCUCCCACCUCUCGUUGAUACCAGAGCUUGCUUUGAACAACCAUGAGAGGGUUGAGCUCACUGCUUUUAGGAAUGCUUUUACUGUUGUAGCCAAUAUAGCAGUUUUUGGGAUUGCGUGGUUGCUGUUUCACUUUCAAGCUGCACACUCUGAUCCAGAUGUUGAUAACAGUUUGGGCAAACAGGAUAUUCCCGUAUUCAGGACAUUGGCUCUGAUUGUUAUUGGCAUUGGGUUUGUAUCAUCUCUGAUGUUCCAUAUUGGAACACGUGAGGAGGUGAAAAAUGAAGAGGAACGUGUCAUCACUGAACAGACACCGCUCAUCGAUGGUUCCAAGAAUAGCCCCAGCCGGCCAUUGCUGCAGUGGAAACACUGGUUGAAGGAACUGUCUUUCUAUCAUGUGGCAUUUGUGUAUAUGUGCACUCGACUGAUCAUCAACCUCUCUCAGACCUACAUUGCCAUGUAUGUAAGCUACACUCUGAAGCUUCCAAAGAACUAUAUUGCCAUGAUCCCUCUUGUGAUGUACAUCAGUGGGUUCCUGUCCUCCUUUCUCAUGAAACCUGUGAAUAAAUGGUUCGGCAGAAAUAUGACCUACUUUUUUGGACUUGCAUUUAUCCUGGCAUUCGCUUAUUGGGUCUGGUUUUUUCAGUUAGAGAAGGGCAUCUUUGGUGCAGCAGUCCUUCUCGGCACAGGCUCUACCACAAUCCUAGUUACCUCCCUCGCCAUGACUGCCGAUCUCAUCGGAGAAAACACUCAAAGUGGAGCCUUUGUCUAUGGUUCCAUGAGUUUCACAGAUAAAGUAGCCAAUGGUCUUGGAGUGAUCAUUAUUCAGGGUCUUCACCCCUGCAAGACUGAAAGCUGCUGUGCACAAUGUGGUCCAUUCUACCACUUGGUGAUGGCAUUAGUGACUGGUGGCAUUGCCUGUGCAGCACUGGUUUCUUUAGCAGCAACCAGAAUUUGGCCAAUCAAGAUUAGGAGAUGGCGAGAUGAAGAUGGUAGUAAUGUUGAACACCAGAAUCAGAUUGACUGCACGUACACUUGUUAACUUACUACCUGAAACAACUCGCAAAAUUCACUAAACGGGGGGAAAACAAACUACAAACAGGAGAAGCUCAGCGACUUUAAAUUUAACAACCACAUUUGCUCUAAAGUUGCAAGUCAGCUUUUUAAAACAAACUAAAUUUUAAUUCUGUUUUAAGUUGAUAAACAUUAAUGUUUGUAUUUAAUACAGUCUCAAAAUAAUUUGUAUUUAAGCUCUCAGAAUUUUCUGAUUUUGUUUGAGCUGGUGUCAAUCUUGUAACACCAAUCUCUGCACAGCAAUAAGAUAAAUGACCAGACUCUGUCUCUCAUAUUGGUCACAGGGCAAGUAUGGUUAUAACAGCUUCCCUAGCUCUUCAGAUAAGACAUCCGUUAUGGGGCUUUUAAUGCCUUGGUGAAAACAUGUUGAUUUUUAAUGUACUUCUAGAAGAUUUCCCCUCCCAUUAUGUGCUGAGGCUGAUUCCAUGACUUUGACUUUGCCACUGAGCCUGGACCAAUCCUACCUCUGCAUGUAGAGUAUGCAACUUAGCUGUCAACUGCAUGUAAGUGUCUUGGCUAAUUCUUUCGAUGAGAAUUACUGAAGAUUAAUUGUUUUCUAGUGAUGACCCAUGCAAUGUAAAAUUCUAUUGACUUAUUCCUAUGGAGAGAUUUGCUGCUUUUUUUUUUGGCAAGCUGUCCAAAUUGUCGCCUGGUUUAUAAAGGAGUGGCCACGUGUGCAGUUGAACCUCAAGAUGCACAAUCACCAUUUUCAUCUUCUCUGUGAAAGUGCUGUCGAAGGGCUAGAGGACUUCCAAUGGUACACCCCUGUUCAAAAGUCAGGAAGGGCAAAUACAGGAGCCAGCUUAAUGGUGGGGAAAUUUUGAAACAGUAAUCUGAGGCACAAGUUUAAUUCUGAGAAUGAGCUGUUAAAUGACAACUGUCAGGAAUUUAUGAAAGCCAAAUUAUGUUUUAACUUGAUCUUUCCAGAACUAAUGGUUGAUAUUUGGUGCAUGGGAUUUCAUUAAGUGGCUCUUUAUUAAAAUCUAUUGAAUUUAAAGUGUGAAUUCCUUUUGAAUUUAAAGAUAGCAGAGCUACAAACUUGAAGAGGAAGAAAACAGUUGUGGAGUUUUGUUUUGAAAGGCAGGAAAUAAAUAUUCACUAGUGCUACUGAGGAAUCAAUAUUAACACCACUACUCUUUGACAAUUUGUGGUAUCAAACUUAAGUAUGUUAAACGCAAUUUCAAAGUUUGCCAUGAGCGGGAUAGUAGCAGACUUGAGGGGGAAAUUCAGUGGGGAAAAUGGUCAGGUUACAUGUAGUUUAACACGUGAAAGGAUACAGUUUUUUGGGACUUUUGACUCUAGUACCAUUUUUGAAGGGGAUUUAGCAACACUGUUCCCAAAUCUGUCUUUUUUUGUUUUGAAGAAAAUUCUGGGCCCUUUUUUAAACUGAUUUAGUAUUCAUAUCUUUGUAUACCACAUCAUUGCUUACAUAGUAAACUUUUUUUUAUUGAGUUAGUGAAUAGGUCCCAGCUAAAUUUUUGUCCAGUUGCAGAGAUUGAGCUUCAGGAAGGAUGUUGAGGCCUUCAAAAGGGUGCAGAGAAUUUCACAUGGUGUUGCAUUGUAUAAGACACUGGUGAGAACACAUCUGAAGAACUGUGUAUGGUUCUGGCUCCUUACUAGAGUAUAAACUGAUUUUGGAGAUAGUUGAGAGGAAUUUUACUAGAUUCUUUCCAGAGAAGAAAGGCUUAUCUUAGAGCAGUUUAGGCCUAUCAUCACUAGAGUUUAGAAGGAUGAGAAGAAAUCUAAUGGUGUCCAAGAUGUUAAAGGGGUUGACAGAGCCAGUGUUUCCCCUUGUCUGGAAAUCUAGAAUGAGAGGCUUCAGUUUUAGGCUGAGAUAGCAAAAUUGAAUUGAGAAAUUGCUUCCCUCAGAGGCUCACUAAUCCUAUGGAAUUAGAGUGCAGUGGAUGUCAGGACACUGAAUAAAUUGAGCAGAUGGAUGCGCUUUUAAUUAGGAAUGGUGUUAAUGGUUCUGAGGAGCAAACAAGGUGGAUUUCAGGCUGAGAUGAGGUCAGCUAUGGAUGUAAUAAAUGGUGGAGCAAGCUUGAGAGUUGGAAUUAUUUGCUCAUGUUCUUAAUUUAGAAUAUUAAAAUAUAAAUAACUAUGGCGCCAGAAAUGAGAGGUUUCAGUUAAGUGGAGAGAUUGUUGAAGCUGGGAUUAUUCUCCAAGUUAAGUGCAAAUGUCAUGGCGAUGCUUAAAAAGCAUUAGGUUAGGAUAAUUUCUCCUCUUACUGUUUGUGACAUGAAUGUCAUAACCAGAAGGUAGAAAUUUAAUAAAAAGAAAAAGAACUAGAGGUGGCUAAAUUUUUUUAACAUAACCAAUUUUGAGCCAACAGCCUAUGAAGAUGGUGGAACAAAAUUUCAAGGGGAACUGGAUAAAUACUUAAAUGUUAGUGUAGGAAUGGAACUGAUUUUUGGAUACCACUUCAGGGUGCUGGCAUGAGUACAGUGGGCUGAAUAGUUCUCUUAUCGCACAAAACAUGGCUAAAUGUUAGGAACACUGAGUCUAGGAGUUUAGCAAAUGCUGGCUAACACCAGUGGAAGUUCACAACAGCUGAGCUUAAUUUCCUUGCUUGAUAGGCAUUCAUCCCAAAAUAACAUUUAAAUUUAACCUUUUCCAGCAGAAGAAUGUGUUGCACUGUCUGAGGUACUCUUUCAGGUGAGAUUUUACAUCUAGGCCCCUUAGUUCCCCUCGAAGAGCUGGAGAUCCUGGUCAAUCAUCACCCAAGCUGGUGCUUUUGAGAUCUUGCUGUGCAUAAAUUGGCUGCGGAGUUUCUGUACAAAAGUGACUAUGCUUCAGAAUUAACAGUUUGAGAUGCUCUGGCACAUAUGGAGAAGUGUGUAUCUUUCCCUGUCACUUCACUUCUUGUUCCAGGAGAAUAAGAAUCUUACGUUCAGCAAUGUCACUUGUCAUUUUUGUUUAUCUUUUAAAAUGUGCCUGCAUUUGGUCAGGGCAGCAAGCCGUUGCACAUCUCGUGGUAAGGUGUGAAGGUUAAAAAUUUGUUUUUAGUCAUUUUAAAUGUUUGUUUAUAAAUGGUAUCUACCUACUUUUUUUGUUAAAUGGCAUCUUCUAGUGUCUUUGGCUCAGUUGGCUGUUGAGCCUGCUUGUACUGCAGAAUAUUGCCAACAGCAUGGAUUCCAUUCCUCCACUAACUGAGGACGCCAGGAAAGCCCCGCCUUCUCAACCUUGUGCACCCCCUUUUGCGGGAGUUAUGGUGACCCUUGAGGUAAACUCACUGCCGGCUGUCUCUCUUUAAAUGAGGGCAACGCUCUGGUCCUCUGGGCCUAUGCCAACUACCUUUUUUUCAGUCCAAACAACACAACACUCCUUUUUUGACAAUAACUGAAGUUUAAUUGUAAAUUUUUAUUCCCAUUGCAUUGUUCCCAAGUUUUCAGGCUUAUGACUAUUAUCCGUUACAAAACUUGCCAAAUAUUUAAUGUGGAAAAUGGUAACUUGUAAUAGCGCAGAUGUUUCAAUGUAGCAAAAUGAUUGUUUGUGACAUUCUUCAAUACUGUGGUGAAACAAACUAAAAUAUCUAGCAAUAUCCUUUACUGAAUUUUAAAGCAAUAAUUUCUUGCAUUAUGUUUUGAAUGUCAAAUUUCAAAAUAUUAUGUAUUACAAUCUGGUCUCAAAUUCCAGAUGAGUUCACUUCACUUUAUUUCAUGACAGUUUGUUCUUGUGUUAAACUCUAUACCAAUAAUGGAAAGUGUUGCAGUAAGAAUCUAGAAAUGCAUUAUUAAAUCACGUGUUAAAGUUCACUUGAAACUUAAAUGCUGCAAUAAAUUUUUAAAUGCAAGUUUA